UUUUUUGUCAAAAAGGGUUGCAACUUGCGACUUUGGGAAAAUUCCUGAAAUUCGAGCGAAUCAAAAGCCCUAAAAAGCUUAGGGAAUUUCUGGUAAUGCGGAGUCAAUGUACCUGGACACACAUGGUGUGAUGCUCAGACAAUUUAGCUUCAGAUCCUCUCUUCUCCCAUUUUCUUCUCAUUCCCAACGAAGCUUUCUGAAGUCAGCAUCCUCGACCCACCCUCGAAUCGGAGCCACCAUGGCCACAAUUUCGACCCAGAACGAGUCGACUCAGAAACCCGUUCAGGUGGCUAAGCGGUUAGAAAAGUUCAAGACUACGAUUUUCACUCAAAUGAGCACAUUAGCUGUCAAACACGGAGCAAUCAACUUAGGCCAAGGCUUCCCCAAUUUCGACGGUCCUGAUUUUGUCAAAGAAGCUGCUAUCCAAGCCAUUAGAGACGGUAAAAACCAGUAUGCUCGUGGCCACGGCCUUCCCCAGCUCAAUUCUGCUGUAGCUGCGCGGUUUCGUGAAGAUACAGGUCUCGUUGUUGAUCCGGAGAAAGAAGUCACUGUUACCUCUGGCUGCACAGAAGCCAUAGCUGCAACUAUGUUGGGUUUAAUCAACCCUGGUGAUGAAGUCAUUCUCUUUGCACCCUUUUAUGAUUCAUAUGAAGCAACGCUCUCUAUGGCUGGUGCUAAAGUAAAAGGAAUCACUUUACGCCCACCAGACUUCUCAGUCCCUUUGGAAGAGCUGAAAGCUGCGGUAUCUAACAAGACCAGAGCCAUUCUCUUGAACACUCCACACAACCCAACCGGGAAAAUGUUCACAAGAGAGGAGCUCGAAACCAUUGCAUCUCUCUGCAUUGAAAAUGACGUCCUUGUGUUCUCGGAUGAAGUAUACGAUAAGCUUGCUUUUGAGAUGGAUCACAUCUCCAUAGCUUCUCUUCCCGGUAUGUACGAAAGAACCGUGACCAUGAAUUCUCUUGGAAAGACUUUCUCUUUAACCGGAUGGAAGAUCGGUUGGGCCAUUGCACCAACUCAUCUAACUUGGGGAAUUCGACAAGCUCACUCUUACCUCACAUUCGCCACAUCAACACCGAUGCAAUCCGCAGCCAUUGCAGCUCUCAAGGCACCAGAGUCUUACUUCAAAGAGCUGAAAAGAGACUACAAUGCGAAGAAGGAGAUUCUGGUUAAGGGUUUGAAGGAAGUCGGGUUUGAAGUGUUCCCAUCGAGCGGGACUUACUUUGUGGUCGUGGAUCACACGCCAUUUGGUUUGGAGAAUGAUGUCGCUUUCUGUGAGUAUCUUAUCAAAGAAGUUGGGGUCGUUGCGAUCCCCACGAGCGUCUUUUAUUUGAAUCCGGAAGAAGGGAAGAAUUUGGUUAGGUUUACGUUCUGUAAAGACGAAGAGACGUUGCGUAGUGCAGUUGAGAGGAUGAAGCUCAAGCUCAAGAGAAUAGUCUGAAGUUUGAUACUUUGACUCUGAAGAUCUUCAUUUAAAAAAAACAAAAAAAAAAGCUUAUUUGAAUAUGUUGUUGUGUUGUUUGUUCUUCUUCGGUUUCCAUUUGAGGAGAGAUUUUGAUUCAGUAAAGGAAGCUAAUAAAGUAAGUUCACGUUA